AUGAAUGAUUUAUCCAAAAUUAAUCCGUUACUUAAGAGGCCUAAAGUGAAAGAAUUAACAAAAUCAACUCGCAUAUCGAAAAUAAUCUUACCUGGAAUCAAUCAUCGUGAUAAUAUUUGCACAAACUUAAAAAUCAUUUCAUCUGUAAAACAUAAUUUUUAUGCCAAGGACUUCAGUAGUGUCACAAAUAAAUUAGAUAUUAGUAAAGUCUCUCGUGUCCCUGGUUAUGAUGGGCAACUAAUUGACAAUGAUCGCAAUACUAAUAAAACGUUGAAUAAUAAAAACACAGUAAAAAUAACAAAAAUACUACGCCUUUUACCAACUGACAAUCAAAAAUACGGCGGACGUAGAAUAACUGUUGUACGUUGUAAUCCUGGUGGGAAAGGACGUACAAGUUUGACUGUUAUCAUGGCUCGAAGAUCGGUGCAUACACUGGGUCAAGUAAUGUGCGAACUAACUGAAGCAUUUGGUUCACGCUGGCAUAAUGAUCCUAUUAGAAAUUUGUAUUCAUUAACUGGUCGCGAAAUAAGAUCUGUGAAUGAAUUAUUUCGUAAGGACAAGGUUUUCAUUGCGUCUGGAUUCCAUAAAAUGUUUGGAAAUAUUCAUACUGAAUUAAACAAAAGUAACAAUGUGGAUCAUACUACUACUAGGACUAAUAAUUAUAUUAAUGAUUCUACUCACCAAUUCGUGAAUUGUAAUAAUUGUCAACAAUCAUUUCAUUAUGGAUUACUUUCAAAUUGGGACAGAAAUGGUAAUACUGUAACGAAUAAUGCUGCGGAACUAAAACCAGAAGAUAUAAAAGCUAUUUUAUCGGAAUUUUGGCCAGAACAUCCUGAUCCAUCCAGUGUAGUUUACCAAUGGGAGCGUCGUUUACGAAGUCGAGGUUUGGGAACGAAAUCCAGUCAACAGUUUGAUGCAAACAAGCAUUUAUUUGAGAUCCAAAAAUCAAAGCAAAAAUUAUCACUGAAAACAAACAAUAUCAUUUCCAAUAUGAAAUAUUCGUCGAAUGAAUCACUUAUAGAAAAUGAGAAAAAAGAUAGUGGAUUUGAUGAGUUAACAAUUAAUAAUAACAUUUUACCCAAAAUUGAUGAAGAGCAAAUUCAUGGAGAACAAUCUGUUUCAUCCACAAAUAAUUCUAUUAAUUUUAUUAAAGAUAAAUCAAAUAAAUUAUCAACUAUAGAAACUCAUUCAAAAAUGCUAAAACAAAUCAAUUCCUCUCAACAACAUCCUGAUUAUGUGAAACCAAAUCACAAUUACUCAAAUUUUAAAGUAGAUUAUUCCCAUCCUUCAAAUGUAGAGGAGAAUAAUUUCUUUCAUCCAGAAAAAUUCUAUGAAGAAUUAUCAUUAAGUAAUAAAUCCAGUAUAAAAUUACAUGACAACACUUUCAAUUCAAAAAAAUUAAUAAAACCUCAAGUAUUAAAACCGGAUGAUAUUAAUAACGAUAUGAAUAAUACGUUACUUCAUGUGAAUUCAGUCACAUCAUUUUCACCGUUCUAUUAUUCAGUUUAUCAACAGAAUCUUUCAAAAGAUCAACAGAAAUCAUAUCAAAUUCCAGUGUAUCCCUUUCAUUCUCCUUUUUUAUUGUCAACUUCACUAUUUCAACAACAACAUAGAAAUCAUCAGUUGAAAAAAUCGGAUAGUUUAAGUAAACUAUUAUCAAGAUAUCAUAACUGUUUACAGAUUGGUGAAAGAGUUCUUCAACGAACUGAAAAUCGUCGUCAUGAAUUGGCUAUGAAAGAAAAUAAAUUACCAGAAAAUCACUAUGUUGAUAAAGUGGCUGAUAGAACUGCACUAGAAAUUAAAACUCAAGAGAAGAAUCUUUUGACAUUAACUAAUUGUCAAAAAGAUAAAGUCCAAAAUCUAAAUAAUAAUUCAACGAAAUUAACUAUGAAUACACAUACUACUGCUAUUGAUGAUAAUAAUGCACAGAUCAAUAAGAUUGGACCACAUACAGGGGAACUAAUACAACAUUCUUCUAAAUUAACGAAUCAGUCAUUCAUUGCACAACAAUUUAAAUUAGAUCAACAACCGAAAACAACACAUCGGUUACUAAUAAUAAUGCAUCUAGUAUUACUAAAAAUAAAGAUGUUAUUACAGUCAAAUCAUAAUGUAAAAACAAAUGAUAAUACUAAUCACUGCAGUAAUAAGGGAUUCAUUGGGAAUGGACAAUCAGUAGUUGACAUUAGCACACCAAUAUUAAUCACCGAUAAAUCCAAAAUCCAUGAAAAUCAUAUUAUUAAUGAUCAAGAAGACAACAUAGAGAUAGAAACUAAACUGCAAAAAAUGGAUCAUAUUUCGGAUGCCAUGAAAAAUAAUCACUUACCUGGGAUUCAAACGGAAAUUUCAGCCGAAAAAAAAUCAUUGUCCGUUGCACAUGGUCUUCUAAAUGUAAAACAAAAGUCCUCCGAAAUUCUAAUGAACAAAACAUUUGAUAAAGAUAUAAAUCAAGUACCAAAACAGAAUAACAAUGAUAUCACUAGAUGUAAUGCUAACAGAGAUAUUAUAACGCAACAAAAUUUGAAUACAAAUGCACCAGAUGUAGUUAAUAAUAACAUUACCACAACUGCUGCUACUAAUAUUAAUCAUAUCACUUCUGUCAAACUAUUAGAUGUUUGUGAUAGUACACAACAAAAAUUAAUUGCAAAUUGUUUUACAGUUAGUGGAUUUAAAAAACCAAAUAAUGAUAAAUUGAAAUCAGUUUAUACGGCAGUUGGAGUAACAUAUGUCUCAGAUCCUGAUUAUUUAUCGAAACGUUAUCAAGUUGGUCGUAAACUAGGUGAUGGUAAUUUUGCUAUUGUUAAACUAGGAAAAAGGCGGGAUACAAAUGAUCAGUAUGCUUUAAAAAUAAUUGAGAAAAGUAAACUUACGGGUAAAGAAGCCAUGUUAUUAAACGAAAUUCAUAUACUACAUCAUUGUCGUCAUCCAAAUAUUGUACGUUUAUAUGAGGAAUUUGAAACUGCAAGUGAAAUAUGGCUUGUUAUGGAAUUUAUUAAGGAUGGUGAUCUGUUUGACGGAAUUACUCAAGCAACAAAGUUCACUGAACCAAUAGCUGCUGGAAUAGUAUCUGAUUUAGCCAGUGCUUUAUUUUAUUUACAUUGUCGAUCUAUUGUACAUCGAGAUUUAAAACCUGAAAACAUAUUGUUAUUACGACAGAAAAACGGUCAAAUACGAGUGAAACUUGCGGAUUUUGGACUGGCUUUAGUGGUGAAAAAAAGUAUGUACACUGUAUGCGGAACUCCAACGUAUAUUGCUCCAGAAAUAUUAGAAGAAUCAGGUUAUGGUCUUGAAGUCGAUAUGUGGGCGUUGGGGAUUAUAACCUAUAUUAUGUUAUGUGGGUUUGCUCCAUUUCGUAGUACUGAUCGAAGACAGUCAAAGUUAUUCGAAAGUAUAAAACGAGGUCAUUUUGUAUUCCUGAGUCCUUAUUGGGAUAAUAUAUCAACAUAUGCCAAAGAUUUGAUCACUUCACUUUUAGUUAUUACACCAAAAUCAAGAUUAACAGCUCGUGAAACUUUAGCUCAUCCAUGGGUAUUUGGUUCUGGUCUACCGGAUUUAUCAGAAGAAUUUGAAAAACGUCGAUUAAAUUAUCUAAAUGAAUUAGAAAAAAGCAUAAUGAAUUUAAACAAUCAAUAA